AUAUAAUAUUGUAAAUUCAAGAUGAGCAACACUUCCAAUAGUGAAAUGGAUUUUUCUGCGAGUACACCGGAUCAAGUCACCGUGACUACCGCAGAUUUGCAGUUUUUGUUAUCCCAUCAAGUUAAUAUGGUAAUGGAUCAAUUUUAUUCAAUGUACUCACGGGCGUAUGAUAAACUGGAGAAUGCGAUUAUGGGGGAAUUGAUGCCAAGGUUGCGUUACACCAAGAAAGGACACGAUCGUCUGGUGCACAAGGUUAUGCGUCGCUUGGAGAAACUCCGUCCAUUUGCUCAGAGUCCCCAUAGGACUUCGUCUGAGCAGAUUAUUAAGGAUUGGGAAUGUGAAUCGGUUAAAAACCAGGCUAAGCAGAAGAAGCAAGAGUAUAACGUCAACAAAGAUGAGCAGAAGAGCAGCAAGGAUUCGGAAAAACAGUGCGCAAAGUCACAACGCAAGCAUAAAAAACGGCCGAAAGAACUGAUUAAGGAGGAAGGGGAGUGCUACCCCGCUGAAUAUCGUGAUUCCCCUGUAGAUGUGACAUUUUUACGCAAACGUCUCUCAUCUCUGCUACGAUCCAUCAAUAGCUCUAAUCCCAGUAGCAGUGUGGGGACGAUGAUGCACUCAAAAGGAAUUCACGGCAAGGACGUCAGAUUUAUCUAUCAAAAUCAAACAUUUCCCCCUGUGCCCAUUAGCGAAAUCGCGAUAGCGCCGAAUGAUAAAAUCUUCUGCGAUGACUGCACUUCUAAUCUGUCAAGACGCGAAAGUCAUCGAAACGAACUCAGCGAAUACGAUCGGAAUUCGUUGAUUUCGAUGUUGCGUUUAGCAUUUCCUUCCAACUCGAAAUAUCACUCUGAUCACAAGAAGAAACACAAGCGCAUCUAUAAGCCCUAGAAAACCGACUCUGGUAGGGAUUCAUUUCCACCAUUUAUGAUGUGGUUUCUUGGUGUCCCUCAAGCUACUCCGUCCCGACAUUUUAUCUAUCCACUGACGAUUCGCAAUGAUGUAUAUUCUUUAUAAAUAAAAUAAAAACGUUUUGGAUCUAUUUAUAUUGAUA